AUGAAAUGUAGGGCAGUGGUUGUGAGAGGUACACGUAUGAUUCUGAAGCUAAAAAUGAGAUUAAUAUAUGAAGGACCGACUCUCUGAAGCGAAACCGUAGACGCGGGAAGCUUUUUGGAAAAUGGAGGUGGAGGAAGCCAAGAUCUUGCUCGGCUUUCCUCCUAAUUCUCGUCCCGAUCCUUCUCAGGUUAAAGCUGCUUACAGGAAGAAAGUAUGGGAAUCACAUCCUGACUUAUUUCCUGAUGAUCAGAAGCUUGUUGCCGAGUCUAAGUUCAAAUCGAUAUCUGAAGCUUAUUCUUGCCUAGAGUCUGAUUUGACUCCUUUGGAGCUAUUGUUGUUGGAAUUGGAAGAAUGAGAAUAAAAUCUAGCUCAUUUGGGUUUACAAGUCUGCAGAAUCAGGACACGUUUACUCUGUUUUUAUAUACUUCGAUACAUUCCAUAACCAUUAUCUCUAGUACAAUAUCAAGCUUUGUAAUUUCCAACAUUGGUCUCUGUUUGCAGGUGAUGUUAAAGGUCAAUGGUAUUACAGAGCAGGUAAAAAGACUACUCAACACUCAGAUGUGUUCUUAAUGGGUUAUACACACUGAUGGGACUCUCAAUUUUGAUAAGGUGUGUAUUCGAGGGUCGUCAAGACUGGGGUUCCUCGGCCAUAUUCAUCUGCCAAAAGAGGUAACCGUUGGUUGAUCGGUGCACCUUUCCUUUUGAUUGUCUUAGGAACCAUCGGACUUGGUGGAAUCAAAGCUAACAGGGCAUAUAAUCUGCAAAAACAGACGUUCCCAUCUCACAAUCCUUUCCUUCCUUGAUUCAAAGUCUCUUUCAACACAACACUUUGAAUCAUUGGAUAUGUAACCUUUGUAUUGUACGAAUGAAUCUACUUGGACCUUUGUUAAGAAACUUGUAUCUCAGGAUCGAUAGCUUUAUUUAAAAUUUAGAAAUUAUAGAAUGAAUGCGCAAGAUUUCGC